GCCAGUUUCUUCCUCCGGUGAGAGGUCGGAACCAAACUGCGGCGGCAGAGCGGCUGUCAGGGCCCAAGAGCGGGAACAGGAUGGAGGUAAAAGAUGCAAAUGCUGCAAUGCUGAGUAAUUAUGAGGUCUUUAAGCUUCUGACUGAUCUUAAAGAGCAACGGAAAGAAAGUGGAAAUAAGAAGCAUAGUGCUGGUCAGCAAAAUCUCAACACAAUAAUGUAUGAGACUUUAAAAUAUUUGUCCAAAACACCAUGCAAACAUCAGACCCCAGAAAUUGUAACCAAGUUUCUUAGAGCCAUGCUUCCGCAAAGACUGACCAAGGCAGAAAAGCUUCAGCUGCUGAAUCACAGACCAUUAACUGCAGUGGAGAUACAGUUGAUGGUAGAAGAGAGUGAAGAAAGAUUAACGGAAGAACAGAUAGAGGAGCUUCUACAGACAAUCAAUAGCAUUCUGCCAGGGGACCCUGAUGAGCAAGCUGCAACUCGGCAGCAGGAAGAUGUGGAUAUGGUCACUGAAGAGAAAGGAAACCAAUAGACAGAAACUUAACAGAACCCAGUCAAUACACACUAUUCCUAUUCAGGAAAUGUUUUGAUGAUUGAUCUACCUUGGCUUUGGUAUUUAAACCCCAUUGACUGUACUUGGAUUCAAGCAUACCGUAAUAGUAAUUUCAGAUACUGUACAGAUGUUUUCAGUUAUGUUCAUACUAUCCAGUAUGAGACAUAAGCUAUGACUGAUGAGUGUUUAUCUUAACCCAGAACUAAUGUUUUUACUUUACAAAUAGUGCAAAAACCACAAUACUUAAACCUGCAUAGCUAUAAAUUUGGUUAAAACUGACUAAAUGUGUACCUUACACACUUAUAGUUAGUCUAUGAAAGAAAUUUUUCUAAACUAGCUUACAAAGGGACAUAUGUGCAGAAUUGAGAAAGAAAUGCUUAAUUGUGCAUUUUAUAAACAUAUUAAAGAUUCUAUAUUGGAAACUGUAUCGUUAAAUAAACUGAAACAACACAUCUGGUAUAAGUCCCUAAAAAUAUUCUGCCAAAAAGUGAAGUUUGAAAGCAUUUUGUAAAGCUGCUAAAAUAAAUGUGCAUUGUUAUAUCAA